CAUCUUAAGCAUCUUAUGAACCUCUUGUUACUGUAAAAUGGCGUCUGAUGGUGGUGGGUUGAAAAUUGACAACCCUGUAGAGUCAAUAGAAUCUCUGAGUAAAGAAGUUGAAAAAUUGAAAGCACGAUUAGAAGAAGAGCGGCAAAAGCUUAACGAUGUGGCAUUGUCUACAGUUGCUGAAAGACUGGAUCCCUUGCCAACGUUAAACAUCAAGCCUCGUCGAGUGUUGAAAGGGCACCAAGGAAAAGUUCUUUGCUCUGAUUGGUCAUUGGAUAAGAGACAUAUAGUUAGUUCAUCACAGGAUGGCAAAAUGAUUAUCUGGGAUGCAUUUACGACAAAUAAGGAACAUGCAGUAACGAUGCCAACAACUUGGGUUAUGGCAUGUGCAUAUGCUCCUUCGGGAAACAUGGUAGCUUGUGGAGGUCUGGACAAUAAGGUAACCGUGUACCCACUGAGCUUUGAGGAAGAUGUAUCUAGUAAGAAGAGAGCAAUAGGAACUCACACAAGUUACAUGUCCUGCUGUCUAUUUCCUAAUUCAGACCAACAAAUUCUCACAGGAAGUGGAGAUAGCACAUGUGCUCUGUGGGAUGUGGAGUGUGCCCAACUCCUCCAGAGUUUCCAUGGCCAUGGAGGUGAUGUGAUGAGUCUAGACCUGUCUCCUUCAGAAACAGGAAAUACCUUUGUUUCUGCAGGUUGUGAUCGGCAGGCUCUUGUAUGGGACAUGAGAACUGGUCAGUGUGUACAGUCUUUUGAAGGUCAUGAAUCAGAUAUUAACACAGUGAAGUUUUAUCCAAGUGGAGAUGCCAUAGCCACAGGAUCAGAUGAUGCCACUUGCCGACUGUUUGAUUUGAGAGCUGACAGGGAAGUUGCUGUUUACUCCAAGCAAAGCAUCAUCUUUGGUGUUAAUUCUCUAGACUUCUCUAUUAGUGGGAGGUUUUUAUUUGCUGGCUACAACGACUACACUGUUAAUGUCUGGGAUACACUGAAAUGUGUGAGGCUUACAAUCCUUUAUGGACAUGAAAAUAGGGUGACUUGCCUGAAGGUGUCACCAGAUGGCACUGCCUUGUCUACAGGUAGCUGGGACUUUACACUCAGGAUAUGGGCUUAAGAUCAGUGACCAACUAGUUGCAAACCAAGAAUUACCUACUUUUCUAGAAUGUGCCAGGAAAGAGCACAUUAAGCUGAUUGCAUUAGUGUUAGGCAUGGCUUUAUUGAAGAAUUAAGGAAUUUUAUGUAAAGAUUUUUUUUUACUAGACCAUACAAAUUGAAACACUUUAUAAUAACACUUAUGUAAUAGGAGCAAUCGUGUGUUAAGGAUGAAUAGGCAGGUCUGUUUCGUGUGUUGUGUUCUCGACACACCAGCACUUGUGCAGCGAGGAAAUAUUCCAAGCUUAUGUAUAACCAGAUUUUUAAGACGAAGAAGAAUAAAUUGUUAAUUUUGUUGUUAUUAUGUGGAGAACAUUUAUUUCAAAAUAUAUAUUUAUUUCAACUAAUCUUUAUUUUUACUCUGUGUACUGUCAUAUUUAUUUUCUGCUCUUAUGUUGUGAAUAUAUUUAAAAAGAAAACUGAAAAUGUGUACAGUUUUUAUUUUGUAACUUUUUUUACUUCAUAGCAUAAAUACUUAUGCUGUGUGUCUUGUUUGUUUUUUGCUGAGUAGAAAACCAUAUUUCAGUCAUUUGUUCCGGACCGUGAGAAACUGUAACAGCUGAUUUACUGCUAAAUAUGUUUUUGAUAUUCUUCAUGGCAUUUUCUAGAAAAUUGUACCUACUUUUUCUUGUUAGGGAAUAUAUUUUUAUUUUAAAUGCAUAUAUUAUAGGUGUAGUCCUACCAAAAAUGGUUAAUAAAUUUUACUCUUAUUAACUUAACAGAAAAAGUUCUUUAAAUUUAUGAACAGUUCCGUGAAACAUUUUUCCACGAUUCUCAUUCUUACAUUUUUUUUUUUUUAUUCAUUGAACAUAAUUUUGUUGUUGUCAUUAUGAGCAUGAUGCUGUUGAACUGAUUUGGAACCGGUGCUGAUUACAAAUUCCCUCAAAUACAUCAUUCAGUUUUCAUUGGUGUGUUGUCAAAGAUAUCACAGUAUGGUAAAUAACAAGAGAAAGCUGGAUCUGAAAAUAGUGUUUGAUGUAAAGUGGUUACUUUAAAAUAUAUCACAGUAUGGUAAAU